GUUGAUAGUCCACGGACGAGAGAUCCGCCUGUUAUGUUUUCUCAGGGUGGAAGUCAUUUUCCAUCCAGAUUCCAGACUGGGAGAGAAAAAACGUCGGCCACCAGACAUCCAAAUGGAGGCUGAGUAGCAUAAAACGGGUUAUUGGCGCUCUUUUGGUGGGAAUGCAUCAGGCUAGCUAGCCGAGAGGACCAUCGGCGCUUCAUUUCGGCUUGGCUCUUUGUUGGAGCGGUGGAUCCAGACGGAGCCCAGCGGUGGUGGCAUAAUUUCAGGUGGACCUUGUCAUCUGAUUGGCUUGCCAUGCUCUGCUGAUCCAAUUGGGUGGGGCUCCUACAGCUGCCAGGCAGCCAAUCAGAAGGGGUGCUGUCACAGCCGAUCCUGCAUCACAAACAAAUGAAAAGGAGCCUGCACAGCCUCAAGAGGCCAGGGGCCAUAACAAUGCUGUUUUUGCAGACCAGAUAUGCUCUCCUGAAUCUCCGCCCUGUUUCUUCACUCUAUUUAUCCUGGUCGUUCACUUUGCCAUAAUGAACCACAGUCCCAGCCCCCACUUGUCUGAAGGAGGGAAGUCAGCCGGAGGCGGCCUUCUCUGCAGCAUUGGUCUGGGGUCGGACCGGGGAAUCCGGUCCCCAGACAGCCUGGCCCACACGCCCAGCCCUACUGGGGGAACUCCUAGUUCCAGUCCCCCUCUGUUGCUGUCGCCUGGACUUGGAGGUCUGGGUCUAGGCCCUCUGGGUGAAGGAGCUGGAGGUGACUGGGAGACCAGGGAGGAGUUGAGACUCAGGGAGCUGGAGGAAGCUCGAGCCAGGGCAGCCCAGAUGGAAAAGACCAUGAGGUGGUGGUCCGACUGCACAGCCAACUGGAGAGAGAAGUGGAGUAAGGUCCGUGCAGAACGGAACAGAGCUCGGGAUGAGAUCCGGCAGCUGAGGCAGCGACUGGACACCCUCACCAAGGAGCUGACCGGUGUCCGGCGGGAGCGGCAGGAGCUCGCCACCGAAAACGAGGCGCUGCGCCAGGAGACACUGCAUUUCCGGGGUGACCCCACUGCUGACCCGGCUACCGGCACAUCUUCCUUACCUUUGUCACCUCCCCAUCACAGUGCUUCCUCCUCCUCCUCCUCAUCUGCUACCCCCUCCUCCCCGGCACCGUCUCUCUCGUCCUCUAAGGUCAUAACAGACUGCAAGUUUGAGGAGGGACCACCAGGGUCUCCUGAAGCAGAACCGGUGAGGGAUGUGGAUUUGGACAGAGAGAAGAUGGGCCAACAGAAGGACUUGGAGCUGCUGGAGUCAGUCUUGCAUUGUGGAGGACCAGGUUCUGACGCUCAGGACAGCUGGAGCAGUCGGGGUGUCAGCGCAGCCGGCUCCCGCUCGUCAUCAUGUCUGAGCCGGCAGGAACGGAGCAGGCAGCUGUGGGAGGACAUGAGCUCAGUGGAGGAAGAUUCCAGCAAGCUCAACGCCCUGCAGCUCAGACUCGACGAGUCGCAGAAAGUCUUGCUGAAAGAGAGAGAAGACAAGCUGGCCCUGAGUAGGAGCAUCGAGAGACUGGAGACUGAACUCAGCCAGUGGAAACUGAAAUACGAGGACCUUAGUAAAAGCAAACAGGAAGCACUCAAACAGCUGAAUCUCCUGAAGGAAAUGCAUCAGGAUGAACUAGGCCGUAUCUCUGAAGACUUGGAAGAUGAACUGGGAGCACGGACCAAUAUGGAUAAGAAACUGGCUGAGCUUCGAGCUGAGAUGGAGAGACUGCAGGUGGAGAACGCUGCAGAGUGGGGCCGCAGGGAGCGCUUGGAGACGGAGAAACUGGCCCUGGAAAGGGACAACAAAAAGCUGCGGGCUCAGGUGGAAGACCUGGAGGAGCAGCUGGCCAAGAAACGUCGGCAGGCUGCCUCAGCACUUGACACAGACUUGAAGGCCAUCCAGAGCGAGUUGUUUGAGAGAAACAAGGAGUUGGCCGAUCUUCGUCAUGUUCAUGCAAAGCUCAAGAAGCAGUUCCAGGAGCGCACUGCGGAACUGGCCCAUGCCAACCGGAGGGUGGAGAGCCACGACGCCGAGGUCAAGAAGCUUCGUCUGAGGGUGGAGGAGCUGAAGAAAGAACUGGGCCAGGCUGAAGACGAGCUGGAUGAAUCUCAUAACCAGACAAGGAAGCUGCAGAGGUCUCUGGAUGAGCAGGUAGAACAGACUGAGAAUCUGCAGGUUCAACUGGAACACUUACAGUCGAGGCUGAGGCGGCAGCAGCAGAGUCCUGCUCUGUUUGGGAAGAUGCGAUCCGCUCGCUUUGGUCCUGAAAACCCUGACGGCCCAAGAAGUGAUGUUGAUGAGGAAGAGGAGGACCUGCAGUUACAGAUUCCAUGACAUAUGUCCCCCAUCCACAAAUGAACAGGAUGUUGGGACAUCAGCAGUCACAUGAACAAUAUGAAGUCUGGGAAGUGUUUUGCAGAAAGGGUGAAGUAUUAGUUGACAUGAAAAUAGCCCAAAACUUUAAUCUAGAUUUGAAUCCAAAAGUCACUGUUUCUUGUUCAAACUGUAAAUUCAUGUAGACUUCUCAGGAUAUCAAAUAAUUUCUGGUCAUGAAUUAAUCAAAUCUGAACAGUCAGCAGAUCUUCUUUUAGGAGAACUAGACCACAAGAUUUAAAUCAGGCUGCACUGUGCCAAGCACACACCAGGAGCCUCAUGUAUAAAAGAGUGCGCAGCUUUCACACUAAAAAUUGACAUACAGAAAAAUUGUGAAAAGUGCGGCGCACAAAAAAAUUCUGAUGUAUAAAACCAUGCAUUUUAUACAUCAUUUCCUGAGCUCAUUUCCUUUAUACAACCUAAUUUUCAGGAAAUAGAGUGCAGUUGCUGGUCUGCCCUGUCGCCACCCAUAAAUACAUAUGUACAUUAGUAUAAAUACCCAGAAGGCUGCGACCGCAGAAGCAAUAACCAUGGCAGCGGUUUUUGCAUGUAGCAGUAUGAAUAUUUAAAAUAUUUCCUAUUACGUAUUCUAAAAGAUGCUUUCAGGGCACAUAAGAUCACCUCACAGAAAAUAAAAAUAAUACAUUUUAGAGAAAAAAUUCCAAAGAGAAAAGAAAGUGGAAAUGCUUGUUUGAACAGCAGAGCGUUCAGCUGGGAUUUAAAGACAGACGGCGUGCCAGAGAGUCCUUUGGGCUCGGUGGGGAAUGUGGAAGUUUAUUCUAUAAGAAUAGAGAAAUCAUGUGUAUUGCACAUUUAGAGAAUGGAGAUGCUUUCUAUUCAUAAAGGUGUAUUCAGAAAGCUGGUAUGGCUUGACUGAAGGAUGAUUGUCUGACCUGUCAGCAGUUCCAGCUGAACCUGAACCAGUAACCCAUGGCUCCUUUACAUUCUGCACAGAACUCCAGGAUGAUCAGUCUGGGCAAUUUAGACUCUAAUAAACCAGCUUUAACAUUUCCCAGCAGAUCAACAUGUCUGAUAAAACGCUCCCUCCGCCUUCUUCUAUUGCUGGGUUGCAGAUGAUGUAGCACCGACGUCACCCAAUGCAGAUGGAGGGCAGGAAGUAAAUGCAGUCCAUUUAUUUCUGCUGAUCCAGCAUCAAAAUGCCUAAAGUCUGUCUCAUGUAAGGUUGUUCAAACCUUUCUAAUUGAAAGAAAGAUAAACAUUAUCUUUUACCUUCACCACCAUGUAAAGGUAGUUGGUCACAGGAUAGUUAAUUAAAAAAAAAAAACUUACCAAAAAAAUAAACUGGAGUGAAGUGGACCAACAAUCUAUGGCUAAAAACAGGAGGUGCGGAAACUAACAACUCCACAGUUUGCAGCACCACUUUCUAACACGUAACGAUCACAUUGUUUAAAUUGUAUUUUCACAUACUUUAUUGGACAGUUAAUUAGAAAUACAAGCAUUCAUAUGUAAGGUAAGAUAUAUUAUUUUUAUGCUCUAGUUUGAUAGUCCACAGGGUGCUAAUGUUGUUAGCAGCUAACUCAGUGCUGAGUCCCGGACAGAAAAUAUAAUGUUUAUUCAUUGGUGCUGAAUAAACACGAACUAAAAAAGAAAAGCUAUAUAACCUACCCAGCCGUACAAUCAGUGAGCUGUGACUAUUGAUCGCCUCAAGGCCGGGUAAAUCCUCAAGAUUGUAUGACGUGUCUUUUUUUGACGAGAUAAUAUAGGUCACAUCCUAAAUAUAUGUGUAUUUUUUCGAGAUACCUUGGCGUACUCACUGUGAUCCAUUUUCUCUGUUUUGAACCGGACCACUUCCGGACCUCCAUCUGAAUUUUGCGUGUCAUCCGGGUCACGUGUCUGAAACCCAGCAAUUGGCGACGCUCUCCAUCCGAGCCAAAGCAUUCCACAAUUACACAGCACACCUUUGCACAGCUACUUGUGUAUGUGUGACUGUCUGCACACCUUGAUCACCUUUAAAAUGUUCAAACCUCACCUGUUUGGAGUUAAUCUGCUUUUCUGACUCCAUUUUCUUUGUCAGUGAGAAUAAAUUACCCUGGAGAUAACAUGCAUUUUUUGUCAUGCGCAUCAGCGCAUAGACCGAUCUGUUGCAUCUUUAUGUGACAAGAGCUGAGGAAAUUUACUAUGUACAUUCGAGUGAGGUUUUCACGUCCCUCUAUUUUAUUUAUUUUGUAUGUGUGUUAUGUUAUUGUCUUGAGGAUAAAUGUAGUUCAGUUUCAUCGUUUACAUUUAAACAAUAAAAGAUUAUUGGGUUCAAUGCUCCCUGGGUGAAAUAACACUGAAUGGAGUCAGAUCUCGGUGUAUUUAGUCAGAUCUAUUCUUUGGCGCUUUGUUGUUUAUUGUCCACAAAAUUUGAGUGGCCGCUGCACAUUUUCACAGGAGAUAGAAAGUUUGCACUUUCUUUUUUGUACAUGCCAACUUGUGCGUAAAAUAUGACGCUGCACAUUUUUUGUGCGUAUGCACGCUUUAUACAUGAGGCCCCUGGUCCUGAGACUACACACUCGCUAAAGCUCACAUAUAUAUGAGAGACCCCAUGGGCCAAAACUUAUUGACUUCCAUAUACCAUCAAACUCCUAUACAUAUACCAAUAUGCUCUCAAAUCAACUUUUCAUACGCCAUUAAGAAUAUCUUUUUUCCUGAAGGAAAGUCUAUAUUAUCUAUAAAAAAAUAUUGUACACAAAAUGUUUCAUUAAAAUGUGGAAUCGACUAAAAUGAUUUAGCAAUUUUAAUUAAUUUUUAUUUUUUAUUUUAUUUUUUUUUUGCUUCAGGAAAAAGUGCUUACAAAAAACAGUUGUGAAAUUAUGGAAUGUGUGUUAACAUGGAUGCUGAAGAAACUGCUCUGGCACUUGAGGACUUUGCAGUUUUUAAUUAACAAAAAACUUUCUCGAUACAUUUUGUUUAUUUUAAAGGUGUUUUUUGUGAACACAUUACAAAUAGUAGAAACAUGUUGGUAACACACAAAAAAACAAUAUUAAUGUAUUUAUAGCCACACUAUAGAUUUUAAAUUCACACCGAAUUCAGUUAAAGAUUGUCGUUUCAAUGGGUGGUCCAGCUACCUAAUGGUUGCAUCAUUGCUUUUAACGAGGUUGCAUAAUCUACAAAACCAAAGAGAAAGUGGCAAACUGUAAUAUUCAGUUUAAAUAUGAUCAAAUAACAUAUGUUAGGCCUCUGGGCAUGACUCCAAAAACUUACACAGGUUCCUGAAUCCGGUAUCAAUAUUAGUGGACUCAUGUUGAAGUGGAGACACAUUUAAAAGUUGCAGGACACUUGAGAACUGGAAGUAAUGACCCCUAAUGUACAGACAUAAGGUCAGUUUGUUUUUUUAACAAGUUCUCCCUUCCAUUAGGUCACAGGAUUGGAAAAAGGGGCAGCUGCUGUUCCACGGAUGAACUUAUUCUAGAGAUAGACAAGUUUAAAAUGCAGUUCUUUGUUUCCAAGAGUGUUAUUCUGCUCAUAAAGCAGGUUUAAACAACUGCAUUCAGUGCCUUUGAAAAGUUCUGUCUCAUAGAAAUGAAUAUUAACAUAAUAAAAUUGUAUUUCAUUUUAUGAUGAAAACUUGUCAAGGCUUUGAAAUAACAUAUUUAGAUCUAAGUGGUGAUAAUGACCUUUGGGAUUGCAUAUUUUUGCUUCAUGUUUUCAAAAUAAUGGAGCUACAUAAAUGGAGAUAAUUGUUGAAUAUUUUUGUAGAAAUUUAAACUACAAUCAAUUAAAUUUGGAAAUACAAUAAACUCAAAAAUGAAACUUAAAAAAAUAUGUUUAUUGACGAAUAAAAUAAUUGUAUACUAAAUACAUUUCUGGCUUUUGUGAAAUUUCAUUAUGCUUUUUUGGAAAUAUAGAUUUAAUAUUUCAGUAAAUAUUUAUAUAUUUAAGUUUAUUUCAAACAGAUAUUUUUUGUUUUUGUUUGGUAAUACUGCAUGUAAGAGAGUUAAUUAGUAUAUGUAAAAGAGUUUGAUGGUAUAUGCAAGAGAGUUUGUAAGUUUUGGCCCAUGGGGCCUCAUAUAUAUAUGAUUUAAUGUAUUUACAAAGACACAACAAGCAGAAAACAACCAGUGGCUGGAGUGAGACUCCAUGUCUCAUAGAAUGAGUGCAUGUGUUACUACAUCAUCAGAAUCCAGUUUGUUUCAUCAGUUUUCAAUUUUACCUCAAAUGCACAAAUACUGCAGCUUUUUUAUUUGAACAGUGCUACUGUAAAAAACAAGCUCAAGCCUUCAUUUACAUGAGCAGUAUCAAUAUAUCACCCUAUGUUGUUUUUCAGAUGAAAAGUCUGUUCUGCUGGCCAAAGUGUUAAUUGAUUAUCUUGAUCUCAUUCUUGGGUUCAACUUACUGUUCUGAUGUUUUUCUAUAUUUCAUACCCAAGCUGCAAAACUGAACCUGCAAAAAAAAUGAUAACCUGCAGCUGCUUGAUGGAUAAUUGUCUGACUGUAGGCAACACUAGCUUAUAAAUGAUGUUGUAAAUGAUCUGGAAGUGAUGUAUUUAAUAUGGCUGCAGCUGAUCCACGACAACAAAACCAUGUUAGUAUUAAACCAUGCGAAAGCAUCAGUUAACAUAUGUAUAGAUACUGAAGGAUGAGACCCUGAGAGACUUUGUUACUGGGAAAUAACAGUCCAUCAGUGAGACGUGCUUCUGGGAUGGAAAAUAUCCCACAAAGAUAUGAUCAGGUCAAGUUUGAAAAAUACCAAGAAGUCAGACGUGGAGAAAACUCUGACCAGUUGGUAUGAAGUAAAAUGUCUACUUCAUUUUACCAAUCAGGCAGUAUGUCUGAAGCACUGUCCACACACCAACUCCAUCAGCACAACCAAGAUGCUUGAGAACUGAUAAAACUUGAGACACUGACUGGUUGUUUAUUUCUGCAGAUCUUUGCUGUUAACUAAUUAUACACAGAAAUGUCUUUAUAAGUGUCUGUCUUUUAAAAUUUCUUUUACAUUUUCUGUCUGAACCCCCAGAUUUCAAUCUGAGUUUCAGUGACAUUGUGGUUAAAAUGAAAGUGCUAAAACUCAGCACUUUCUUUUUUACACUUUAAGUUUCAGUGAAAGGUUGACACUUUGCACCAACUUUUAAACCUCCAAAUUUAGAACUCAGCGUGUGACUUGCAUUCAGACCAACUAUGUACUUCCUCUGCUCACUGGGACAUGCUGAUGUGAUUACGUAUUGAUACUCAUCUUAAAUAAUGUACAGUUCUACAAAAAAACACUUGUGGAAAUGUUCAAUAUUUCUCCUCAAAUUCCUAGGGUUAGGAUCAAGAGAGGGAAUAAAUGUGUCAUGAAAGAAUGAAUCACAGUUAAUGCACGCCAAUGUCUUUGCUUUGAGUUUUUAAUGUUGAAACUAGCAGGUAUUGAAGAGGAGGUCAUGUUUGAGGACUAUGUCUCUGCUCCUCUCGGUCUUAGUACUUACCCACUCCAUCCACAGUCAUUCUGCCUCAGGCUUAUCUCUGCUGCUGGAAGAAGACCAAUAUAUUUGUAAUGAUCGUCACUCUGUAUUCCUACUAUUUAUGCUGUUGUUAUAAAUGUGUUUUUAUAAAGGUUGUGCACUACA